AUGGAUUUCAAUAGCGCAACGAUCUCGUACUUUGGUGAACGCACAUCGAAGAAAAAGAAUGUUCAAGCAGAAAAUCAGAAAUCACCGAAGUUACCAAAGAUUGUCCUACGAAAUGCGGCGGGCUUCAUCUUAAAAACUGAAACGACGUAUCAAAAUGCGAUCUACGAGGCCAAAUCAAAUCUUUCACUGCCGCAUCAUCGAUUGACGGAUACGGAAUGGCGUUUACCUCACGCACCUGUGCCGUCAAGACCGGAUUACACUCGCUCCUUGGACUAUGAUGACUUUCGUGCUCUGAGAAAGCCACCGAGAUCGCUCGAUGCAUCGACGACAGAAUAUAUGGACAUGUCAUUUUGGAAUAAUCUUUUGCCUGAUAGACGACUUGAUCAAGUGAAUGUAACUCGACGCACCAUGGAACAAUAUUGUCGAGACGGUUAUGCUGUACCACAUCCAGAAUUUAUGAACAAUUUCGAUUCGUUGAAAAGCGUUAAGCAACUAUUUCUAGCCAUUGUCUCGUCUCCAUCAUCAUUAGAAAAAAUUCUCGCUGGCUUUGGUUUAAUGAGCGAUCGCGAAAAAAUGAUUAUGGCACGUGUACUUGACAGUUUAUUCCAAAAUGAUUUUCAAUCAUUAGAAGACCUACCAGAAAAUAUUCGAAAUAAUGCCAUCUUACAUUUAGCAACAUUGAUUAGCGAAGGAAAACUAUCUGAUGCCAUGCAAGAAAAAGUACUCGUUGGGUUAGCACAAAACUUGAAAUCAUUACCGCCAGACAUACGAGCGAAAGUCACGGAACAAUUGAUCAAAUCCAUCGACAAUAUUCCACUUGAAGCUCGUGAACAAGUCAUUCAACACAUUCUCGCUACUCUCGAUACUUUAACGGAAGAUGAUCGGCAGAAAAUUCUAAGUGAUUUAGUGAAGAAAAUUUCUUCUCUUCCAGAAGAAAGUCGCCACGCACUAAUCGAAAAAAUCAUACAAAAUUUGGAUAACCUCACUCCGGAUGCCAAAAUACAACUGUUGCAGGAUCUUCUACGUGAAGCGGAUAAUAUCCCUGAAUCUAUGCGUGAAACAAUUCUACAACAUCUUAUUGACAGUCUCGCUACUUUAUCGCCUGAAGAGCGCGAACGUGUUCUAGCUGAAUUAACAAAGAACUUAGCAAAUCUUCCGGCCAAUAUUCGCCAACAAUUAUUAGAGAAAUUACUAGAAAAAUCUGAUAAUUUACCACCCGAACUACGCGAUCGAAUUUAUGCUGAAAUAUUGAAAAAUGUUACUGAGAUACCCGAAGAAAUGAAACGAAAACUAGUAGUGGAAUUAUUGAAAAAUGUCGAUAAUAUGGAUCCUGCAUUACGGCAAACCGUAAUGAGAGAAAUUCUGAACAAUCUCGAUCUCGUUGAUCCAACAAUGCACGGUCAAGUUUUACAGAAUUUUCUCCAUGCAUUAGAUGAUGUACCUGCUGAUCAACGUGAUGAAUUAUUACGAAAAAUCAUUGAGAAAUCUUCGAAAUUGGACGAUCCAGAAAUGAAACGACAAAUCUUAGAAGAAAUUAUGAAUAACGCAGCCAAUCUUUCAGCUGGUGUAUUUCAAGAAUUGAUUAAAAACGUUAGUGAUUUACCAGCAGAUCUUCAGGAACGUCUCUUUCAAGAGAUUCUUCAGAAAAAAGACGACUUGCCACCAUCAGUUCUCGAAGAAAUCAUUCGAAAUAGUGCUCAUGUGCCUCAAGCUGUUCUGACAGAAUUACUGAAAUCUGUCGAUAAGUUAGCACCGUCAUCACUGGCUGAAUUAGCUCGACAUAUGAAUAAUUUACCUGAAGAGUUACGAAACAAACUACUUGCUGAUGUGAUGAAUUCGAUGGAUAAAUUAAGCGACGAACAAAAAGCAGCUGUUAUUGGUGAACUGCUGAAAAAUCAAGGAAAUUUGAAUGCCGAACAGCUAGAAACGUUGAUGAGAAACUUGGAUGGACUUGAUCCGGUUUUGAAGGAGAGAGUAAUGAGAGGACUGCUGGACAACGUGGAAAAUCUCCCACCGGCUGUGAAAGAAAAACUUAUUCAAGAUUUACUGAAUAAGGAUUCUGGUUUGGAUCAGGAGACUCGUGUGAAGAUGCUCUCGAAACUUCUGGAAAAUCCCUCUAGUUUAACUAAAGAAGAACGCGAGAAAGUUCUUGGCCAAUUGAUGAAUGAAAUCAAUAGUGUCACAGAUCCGGCAGUAAAAAAGCAGUUAAUGGAUAAAUUAGUCUCAAAUUUAAAAGAUCUUCCACCGGAAACCGUCUCACAGUUGAUAUCGAACAUAACAACUUUAUCAGCGAAAGAGCAGAAAGAAUUACUCAAGCAAAUUCUGGAGAAAUUCGAUGAAUUACCACCCGAAAUGAAAGAAAAACUCGUCGAUGAUCUACUGAAAUCAGCUGCGGGUGCGUUCACGUGUAUGCCGGUCGAUGUGCAAAAACAAAUGAUCAGUGACUUAUUGAGAGAAAUGCAUAAUUUACCACCAGAAGAACGAGCAAAACUAAUGGAGAAGAUGCUGAGUAAUCCAAACUUGGAUCCAUCCGUCCGAGCCAAAUUAUUAGAAGAAAUGUUGAAAAAUGUCGACGAUUUGCCUCUAGAAGAACGCAAAAAAUUAAUUGAAAAGAUGUUAGAAAAUCGCGAUAGCUUAGAUCCAGCAUUACGAAAGAAACUAGUGAACGAAAUGAUCAAAAAUUUGAAUCAGAUGAGCCCUGAAGAACGUGAUCGAUUCUUAGCUGAUCUUGCCAAUGAUCCAAGUAAAAAAGAUCUCUUGCAACAACUAUUGAAUAGCGGACAGAUUAGUAGUGAAAUGAAACAAAAAUUAAUUGAAGAAAUGACGAAAAAUCCCAUCGAUCCAACAACCUUGCUUACUGUUCUGCAAAAUUCCAAAGAUAUUUCGCCUGAAGUCUUAGAAAAAGUGUUGAAGAGUAUUGAGAAGAUGUCGGGAAAGGAUCUGAUUGAAUUAGCGCGGAGCUUACCAAGUUUACAGUCGGAUGUUAAACAGCGUGUUAUGAAAGAAAUCAUCAAUAAUCUCCCAGAACUUGAUUCAAAUACUCAAGCCAUGAUCUUACAAGAAAUGUUGCGCGCAUCAGCCGGUAUUUCAUCCGAACUUCUCACAGAAUUAAUCAAAUCAGUUAUCACAUUAACGCCAAAAUUGGUCAAAGAACUUUUAGUGCGCGCCAAUAAACUUCCACCGGAAGUGUUAAAAAAACUGUUAGAACAUAUGGGAGAGGUUCCACUUGAAAUUCUCGAAGAUAUUGUUAAAAAUCUCGAACAGUUAUCCGCAGAAGUCAUAUCAGCGUUACUUCAAUUAAAAAAUCUUCCAGCAAGUAUACGAGAAAAACUGUUGAAAGAAAUCAAUUCAAAUCCAAAGAUCAGAAGUAAACUAAAAGCGAUCGAUCCAUUAUUAAAUGGCAUCGAAGGUGUCGGAGGAAUAACACCAACUCCUAGACCACAGGUGAAAAAACCAAAAGUCAAUAUACCACCCUUGGUGAAAAGAACUCCGAAGAAACCUGACGAUCCAAUGAAAGCGCUUCUUGAUCCAGAUAAAUUGGCGAAAAUCGAUGAAAAUGAUUUAGAGGCUCUAUUAAAUGAUCCUAAUCUAACGCCGGAAGUUCGACUGAGACUCAUGGAAGAACUAAGGAAAAAACGUGCGAAAAAACGUAUUGUUGAUGUUCCUCCAUUAACAAAGUCUAGUCUCGAAGAAAUCAUCGAUCCAAUGGAUUAUCUUUAUAAAUUCUGCAUCAUUCAUCCCGAUCGUAUGAUAAACUACGAACGUGUCUUUUUGAAUACAAUCAAACAUCAGAAAGAAGCAUAUCCUGGUCAAAAUCCGCCAGCAGAUUUGACGAGUAUAACAAAUAUGAAACGAGGCAGUACCAUGGGAAGUGCUUGGACGAAUAUGGGUGGCCGAAGACGUAAACGUGGUUCGAAACAACACCGAAUGUUUGAUGGUAACGAUGAUGAAAAUGAAAAUAGUCUCGGUAAUCAACGAAGUCAAUCUAUGCUUAAUUUCGAAAAAGAAAUCGUUACUGAACGUUAUAACGAUGAUGAACCACCGGUGAAAUCUGAAACCGCUCGAAAGAUUGACAAAAUCAAUUUCAUCCUUGAUGGACUUCGGAUGAAAGAAACAGACGUUACUCAAACAUUAAACGCAUCAACUGGACAAAUCAGUCAUUUAACUUCCGAAGCCAUUGUCGAACUCUAUCCUGAAGUUCUAGAUCCUGACUUCAGUCCAAAGAAGAAUUUUUCAACUGAGAAAACUAUUUUCGAAUUGAGAAGCUAUGCCUCAUCAUAUACAACUGAACAGUUAUUAACUCGUCUGUCAAAAACUCAAAUACAAACUAUCAAUAGUCGAGAGGAAAUCAAACAACUCAAUGGACAAGUGCGUUGGAGUACAAGUAAAUUAACCCAAUUACGUAUGAGAAUUGAAAUGUUACUUGGUGAACGCGAACAUUUAAUUGCACUUGAUCAAGAAGAACGACAAAAAGUCAUGUACAAAUAUAAGCGCGUCGAAAGAUUUCGACGGCAACAAAGUCCAUUAUGGAACGCAUUGCAUCCACCAACCGAUUAUGAAAUGAAUAUUGAAGAACUUGAAAAUGCACUUCGACAAAUCAAUGGCAAUCUAUUUUCUGAUCAAGAAUGUCAUUACAUUAAAUUUAUUCUGAAAAUUCCAGGUGUUAAGCGGAUCAAUUUACGAGUCUUCAGCAUUAUUGCAGCACUUUCAGAAACUGUUAAUCAAAUAGAGCCGUUUGUACGUAAUCUGAUCAAUAAAUUCGAUUAUGAAGCCUUAGAUAUCAAAAUGCAAAAAGCAAAGGAAUUGUUCUAUCUAAUGGCAGACAAAAGUCAAAAGAUUGCACCCAACGGUUAUGUACCAUUAGAAACAUUAUGUGUGGAACUAUCUGCCGGUGGAAUUGAACAGGAGAAUAUCGAACAUUGCAAGAAAAAGUUUGAUCGCGAAGGCAAAAACUAUGUUGAUUUUACUGAUUGGCUUAUCUAUGUUCCACUAUUCGUUGAAAUACAUACACGAAUCAUUUCCAAUCCAUUUCAACGCUACGAAGAUCCACUUAAACCAUCGACAGUAGAACAACAACCUUUACAAACAGAAAAAUUCUAA